GUUUCAUUCAUGAAUGAACGGCAGUCGAAUUUACGGUGCCAUUCGUAUUUAUUGUGUUUCAUGGUGAAAAGUGAAUUAUAACUGUAAUUUAUAGAUAUUAAACAGUGCGCGUAAACAUGCUGAAGGCAGCGCUUGAUACUUUUUGGUCUGAAAAAGUGUGGUUACCGCCAAAUACAACGUGGGAUGACAUCGCGCCUGGCCCCGAAAAGGCAGUGGUGUACGCCGAUUCUAAUCACGUUUUUUUCCCAAUACCGUUAGCACUUGUGUUCAUAACGGUUAGAUAUUUGCUUGAAAAACAUGUGUUCGCACCGUUAGGCAGAUCUCUUGGGAUCAAAGAGACCAGGGCUAGAAAGACGCCCAGUUAUCCAAAAUUGGAAGCGGCGUACCAAAAGUCUGCAAACAGGAUAAAAGAUAUAGGAGCAUUAGCGAAAGCGACAGAUUUGAGCGAGCGGCAAGUGGAGCGGUGGUUCCGUCUGCGCAGGAACCAGAACAAGCCCUCCACCCUCGUCAAGUUCUGUGAGAACUCGUGGAAGUGCACCUUCUAUGUGUGCAACUUCAGCUUCGGCCUCUUUGUGCUGUGGGACAAGGAGUGGCUGUGGGACAUCGACCAGUGCUACAUUGGUUACCCACAUCAGGGUGUAACGAACGACGUGUGGUGGUAUUACAUGGUGUCGUCCGCGUUCUACUGGUCGCUGACUAUAUCGCAGUUCUGGGACGUGCGCCGCAAGGACUUCUGGCAGAUGUUCAUCCACCACAUAGCCACCAUCGCGCUGUUGACCUUCAGUUGGGUCUGCAAUCUGCACAGAGUGGGCACCUUGGUGCUGUUGCUGCACGACUGUGCUGACAUCUUCGUUGAGUCAGUGAAGGCAGCCAAAUACGCGAACUACCAGAAACUGUGCGACUCUCUGUUCCUGGCUCUCAUAGUGGUGUGGAUCUCUACCCGCGUCGGCAUCUACCCGCUCUACAUCAUCUGGAGCACGUCGAUCCGAGCGCCGAUGUUGCUGCCGAUGUUCCCGGCGUACUACAUCUUCAACUCCCUGCUGUGUCUGCUGCUGCUGCUGCACGUGGUGUGGACGUGGCUCAUACUGCAGAUAGCGUACAAGACCAUACAGGCGGGACAGAUGGAGGGCGACAUCCGCAGCUCGAGCUCCGAGUGGAGCCCGCCCGCGACGCCGCGGCCGCCCACUGAGCUGCUUAGUGCGGGGUCAAAAUAAAGUGCCCGGUGUCUUACAAUAAUUGAAAAAUUUGCAGUCUGUCGUCUCACUCUCACGAUGUUUAUAUAUUUUUAGACAAUUCUACUAAAAAUACUAAAAAUAAGUACAACGCCCGACUCGACUACCCUAUGUAAUAAUUGAGUUUCAUUUCACUAUAUUAUAUUAACUAGUGUGAGUUUUUUAUUCGAAUUCGAUUUCGUUUCGCGUCCAAGCGGACACAGUUGAACAAAGUUAACAAAACAAAUUGUUUAGCUUAUUGACACAUCUGGCACAUUUCGUGCAGGUGAAUGCGUGUGUGAAUGAAAUGAAACGCCAGGGUUGGCGCCAUAAUCGCCGUGCAUUCGAAAACAUCAAGUCAACUCGCUUGAAAAAAAUGGCAUAAAAUUUUAAUAUAAUGAAGCUGUUUAACUCGAUUUUCUUGGAGCAUAAUUUGGAAAACCAAAAAUAUUUUCGCGAAGUAAUCGCAAUGUUGAACUAUUUGCCUUGAUUACGAUAUUUUGGACGGCGUUCUCAGCUGUUGGUGGCGUGUUGUGUGUUUAACGUUACGUGUCAUUACGCGGUUGGUUGCGAAACGAGAGCUCGAUCGAGUAAAAUAUAAAAAAAAAACAGGUUGCAAUUACGAAAUCUUUUGCACCUUUUUUUUGCCAGCUCCACACCGUCGCCGAACGGACUUGUGCCGACGCGAAUGAGUGAACGUAGUUAGUAUAAAACCAUCAAUGUAUACCGAAUUUGACAAAAGUUUGGCAGAUUGUGUGGAUCCGGCAUUAUAUUGAUACUAGUGA